UGAUUGUCCAAGUCCAAGAGUUUGCUUAUACAGUAUAUGCACAUCAAAAUACAAUAAAUAUUCAUAUUCAGAUGAAACUUAACCGCCCGCCCACCGUCUUUGUUUGUCCUUUGCUAAAGCAAGGAAAACCAAAAAGCGCUUUCAAUUUGCCCCCAUCUUCUUGAUCUCGCCAUAGCCUUUUGGGCAAUGGCUCUGAAGGCCUUUGUUGCCUCCGACGUGCCUUAUAUGGAUCCUGCCGCAUUGUCUUUUUGUUUCGCGCAGCUCUUCAGAGGUGAGGUUGGUGAUGAUGGAAAGUCGGUUUCUGAUUUGCCCAGAAAGUUUAUGGUGAUUGGGCACAGAGGCUGUGGGAUGAACAUGGUGCAAUCUUCCGACCGGAGAAUGAAAUCCAUCAAAGAGAAUUCGAUUCUCUCCUUCAAUGCGGCUGGCAAAUUUCUCCUUGAUUUUAUUGAGUUCGACGUUCAGGUGACAAAAGAUGACUGUCCAGUCAUUUUCCAUGACAACUACAUCUUAACUGAAGAAAAGGGAGCAAUAGUUGAGAAGAGGGUGACGGAUCUUACUUCAGCUGAAUUUCUUUCCUAUGGACCCCAAAAGAAGCCUGAAGAUGUGGGAAAGCCUCUGUUUAGGAAAACAAAAGAUGGAACAAUAUUUGAAUGGAAAGUUGAAAAUGAUGAUUCUUUUUGCACCUUGGAAGAGGUGUUUCAGAAGGUUGAACAUUCAUUUGGCUUUAACAUUGAAUUGAAGUUUGAUGAUAACAUAGUCUACAAAGAGGAAGAUAUGAUUCACACUUUACAAGUAGUGUUGAAGGUGGUUUAUGAGUAUGGCAAAGACAGAGCUAUUAUCUUCUCAAGCUUUCAUCCUGAUGCAGCACAGCUGAUGAGGAAGCUGCAGACCACUUAUCCCGUAUUUUUCCUCACUAAUGGAGGAUCCAAAACAUACAAGGACAUAAGACGGAAUUCAUUGGAAGAGGCUGUAAAGCUUUGUUUGGCAAGUGGCUUGCAAGGGAUUGUUUGUGAGGUGAAAGCCAUCCUAAGAAACCCUGGAGCUGUAAAACAAAUUAAAGGGUCCAGCCUUUCACUCAUAACUUAUGGCCAAUUAAAUAAUGUGGCGGAGGUAGUAUACAUGCAGCAUAUGUUGGGGGUUGAUGGAGUGAUUGUUGACUUAGUACAAGAGAUCUCAGAGUCAGUUUCAGAGUUCACGCGGGUAGAAGAGGAGGGCCAAGAAGAGAAGUUGAAAGAGGCAAAGCAAAGACAGGGAACACUUUGCAUGCCUCAUCUCUCCCAGGAUGAACUUGCAUUUCUUUUGAAGCUCGUAUCAAAGGUGAUGCAUAAAACUACUACUUGACCCACCCUAAGUAUGUUGAGACUUAGAGACUGUAGUCAAGGAAAGAUUACAAGCUAAGAUCAAAACCAGGAACACAAGUAACCCAGAAAUUAUAUUCCUCCAAGAAGAUGUAUUGCACAAACGAACAAGACUUGAUAACUUUCUGUGUUCCAAACAUUACAAACUCGAACUAGAACUAGCAUUAAUAAUUCCUUGAUAACUAAAACAUAACCACAUAACUCAUAUUUAACACAGAAAGCUAAAAGUCACAUAAAACAAAGAGAUGAUAAAUGGCUUUGAAAAAAUCAACUUUAAUAUUUUCAACACUCCCCCUUAAAAGUGAUUUUUUGAUUGAGCCAAUUCCAAGUUUUUCCCACAAAAGCUCAAAUUGUACUUUCAGCAGCAGCUUGGGGAAGAUAUCUGCAAUAUUUUCUUUACUUCGAACCUCUGAUACAUGUAUGGUUCCCUCGACAACUUUUUCAUGAAUAAAAUGAUGCUUCAGCUCAAUAUGUUUCGUUCUGGCAUGACAAAUAGGAUUUGUUGCAAUUCUUAGAGCACUUUGAUUAUCUCCAAGCAAGGGAGCUGAUUUAAUUAUAGGCAAAUGAACAUCUUCAACAAGUCUUCGACACCAAACACAUUCUUGUGCAGCAAGAGCAGUGGCUUUAUACUUUGCUUCAGCCGUUGAAAGUGAAACUGAAUCUUGUUUUCUACUGCACCAAGAAAUACUGGUAUCUCCACACAUGAAAACAUACCCGAAUUUGGACUUUGUUCAUCCAAGUCACAACCAAGAUCAGUAUCAGUAAAACCAUGUAACACAGAAUCCAUCUGUUUCUUGUAAACUAAACCCAACUCCAUAGUAGAAUUAACAUACUUCAAAAUUUUCUUGGCUGCCUCCAUGUGUGGUUUUCUUGGUUCUUGCAUAAACCGACUAACCAACCCAAUUGAGAAUGCAAUAUUAGGUCUGGUUAUAGCCAGAUAAAGAAGACUUCCAACAAGGGCACAAUAGGAUUGGGGAUUAACCAAGAGAGUGUUGUAAAAUACUGAUAUUUUAAAUGAGUGAGACCAAGUCGUGGCUGACCAAGUCUCCCACACUUGCUUCAGUCUAUUUUAUUCGCCUAUCCUUUGUGGUGCGGAAUUGGUCAUCUGCCUUAUCCGAUGGCCGAGUCUUCCUCCCCCAACGUUCGCCUUAAUGCGCCUAUAAAAGCAGCCCUCGAUGCACUUGCAAAAAUGUAGAAAAACAUCUUCCCUCAGUCUUAUUCUCUGUUUGCAUUCUACUCUCUAUUUUUAUUUAAUUGUUGCGUUUCUUACUGCCGGUCUUCCUGUUGGCUGCUCCCUUACUGCUAUACUUUCAUUUGUUGUCUCUCAUCCUUGUUAUUGCUCUUUUUUGUUCUCAUUAUGUUGCUGUUGCUUCAAACUUGUUGCUGGGUUCAUUUUGUGUAUCUUGCUCUCCUUACUUUCCCUUACUUUCCCAAAUACCGUGAGUGUGGCAGAUUUGGAAGUACCCGUUGUAUCCUGGGAGAGUGUCUACCGGAGUCUUUGCACUUUUUAUUGAGAGGUGGAAAAUACUCUUGAAAGACAGUGACGUUUGUCACGCCUCGGGUUUCAACUUCUUGUUGUCUAUUUCUGUCAAUUAAUUAUUUUCCAAACAGAGAGAACCGUCAUCCUGCUUCAACUUCAAAUUUGGUUCUAAUGGAAUGUAUUGCUUCUUUGCUUGCUUUAAACCAAAUCUAUCAACAAGCUUCUUUGCAUAGCCCUUUUGCUACACAAAAAUUCCAUUUUCCAAAUUCUCCACUUCUAAACCAAGGAAGUGACUUAACUUCCCCAGAUUUUUCAUCUCAAAACGAACAUAAAGUUUCUCUUUUAAGUUUAGCAACUUCCUUUUCAUCAUUGCCCGAUAUUAUCAUAUCAUCAACGUACAAAAAGAAAAUCACAUACACACCUCCAUGUAUCUUAACAAAUGAACUAGAAUCUGAUUGUGGAGAAAUAUAACCACAGAAAUGCAAAUACUGGGCCAUUUUACCAUACCAAGCUCGUGGAGCUUGUUUUAAUCCAUAAAAAAGUCUUUUUUUAGUUUG